GCCUCUUCCUCGUGCUCCUCCUCCAGUCCUCCCUUCCCACCAUGAUUACCACCCACCUCUCCCCAGCCCUCAAGCACCGCUCCCCGUCCCCGCUCCACUCCACCUACCACUCCCACCACCACCUCCCCGUGCACCUCCCGCUCCCCCUCCCCCGCCGCCACUGCCACCUCGCUAAGCCCGCCGCCGCCGCCUCGCCAGACCUUCUCGCGAGCAUCGAGUCCGUGGCCUCCGCGGCCUCCGUGCUGGCCGCCAUCGUGCUGGUCCACGAGUCGGGCCACUUCCUCGCCGCGGCGUCCCGGGGCAUCCACGUCUCCCAGUUCUCCAUCGGCUUCGGCCCGGCGCUGGCCCGCUUCCGCCUCGGCGCCGUCGAGUGCACGCUCCGCGCCAUCCCGCUCGGCGGCUACGUGGGCUUCCCCGACGACGACCCGGAGUCCGGCUUCGCGCCCGACGACCCCGACCUCCUCCGCAACCGCCCCGUCCCGGACCGCCUGCUCGUCGUCUCCGCUGGCGUCGCCGCCAACCUCGCCUUCGCCUUCCUCGUCGUGUACGCGCAGGCGCUCACCGUCGGCGUGCCCGUCCAGGCGCGGCUCCCCGGGGUGCUGGUGCCCGAGGUCCUCCCGGGCUCCGCCGCCGCGCGCGCGGGCCUCCUCCCCGGGGACGUCAUCCUCGCCGCCCCCGGCGCCGCGCCGGACCCGUCCGUGCCCGUCCUCGUCGACCUCAUGAAGGCGAGCCCCGGCAGGAAGGUGCCCCUCACCGUCUUCAGAGCCGCGCCCGGGAAGCUGGAGCCGGACCCGCGGCCCGUCGAGCUCACCGUCGUGCCGGACACCAGUGCCGACGGCACGGGCCGCAUCGGCGUGCAGCUCUCCCCCAACGUCCGGGUCACGCGCGUGCGCCCCGAGAACCUGGCCGACGCCACCGUCCUAGCCGCGCGCGAGUUCGCGCUCCUGACCGUCACCGUGUUCGACGGGCUCAGGCAGACACUGCUCAACUUCUCUCAGUCGGCCGACAAGGUGUCCGGCCCUGUCGCCAUCAUCGCGGUGGGAGCGGAGGUUGCCAGGUCCAGCGCUGACGGCCUGUUUCAGUUUGCGGCGGUGAUCAACCUCAACCUUGCGGCCAUAAACUUGUUACCCUUACCAGCGUUGGACGGUGGCACGCUGGCAUUGAUCCUUCUCGAGGCAGCUCGUGGUGGCCGCAAGAUUCCGCGAGAAGUUGAACAGGGGAUCAUGUCAUCAGGGAUAUUGGUGGUGCUCAUGGUUGGCAUGUUCCUCAUCGUGCGUGACACACUCAACCUUGAUUUCAUCAAGGAGAUGUUGUGAUGAUGCUUCGGAUGGAAAUUAACUGAUCGCAGCUGUAGUAAAAUUGCCGGUAUCAGAACAUGGUUGGCUUGGGAAAUUAAGGUUAGUUGUUGUUAUUCUUUUUUUUCACCCUUUUAGGGUUGAUUUGGUGACAAGUGGAUCAGGGGGAAUUGGAGGGGAUUGAGGGAGAAAUGAACUAAUUUCUCCCUCAGUCCCCUUCAAUCAUCCCGUGAUUCCGGGUCACCAAAUCAGCCAUGGGACUGCUCUAGCACUCCAGCUUUGCUACACUGAUCGUAGGUCCUUCUAUUGCUAUUUUCGGAAUGAAGUUUGUGAUCGAGGCA